AUGCCUCGCACGCCACCUGAGGCAAACAAUCACAAUCACAACAACAACAACUCUAGACCCGGACCUCGACCGCUCGCAAACAGACAGAAAGACGCGAGUGCGAGCUCUGCCAAUCUCUCGCCAAUGCAGACAUCCGACACCAAAGGCGGCUCUGCAUCUUCAUCCUUUGCAUCCGGCUCCGCCAGCAAAUUGCCAGCGGCUGGUGUUGGUUCGCGCGUGGGACCUCGACCUGUACCCAAGGAUAGCUCAUCUUUGAGGCACAUCUCUUUCAAAAGUCGACUCGCAUCUAUACCUGCUGAAGAGCGCAGCAGCAGUCCAAAUGCGUCCGAUCGACCAGUCGCCGCUGCGAUAGCUGCACGGCCACACUCUUCGGCCUUGGCCCACGAGGGCGACGAUUUCGUAGUGGACGACGAGGAUGAGGAUGGCGUGGAGUUGGGCGAAGAUUCUUCCAGAGGUCAUGUUGGUGCAGCAGGAGGAAGUUCGAAUGCUAGCAACGGCUCAAGAGACGUGUACGGAGAUAUCGAUGCGGCACGAAGAGCUAGAUCGGAUCGAGCUAGGAGGCGCGCUGCUCGGCGUGUGCGCGCCAGACCACAUCGUUCAGACAGAGGCAUAUUGAGCGCUUCUAGCAGCUCGGACUCAUACGAGAGCAGCGAAGAUUCCGAAAGCUUAGAUUAUGCGCAAGCAUUGGCUCACUGGAAGUGGAAGAUGCGUCUAGAUCCAGAGGCGGCCGUGUACGCACCCGAAGCAGCACGCGAAGGUGUCGACAAGAUUGGGGUGGACGGACCCACAGAGGGCACACCGGCAACGGCUGCAGUGUUCGAGCAGCAAAAGAGGAGAUCGGGAUACCCGGUGCCAAGACGUGCUCCUUGGCACGCUCGCGGGCCAGAAGUGCCCGCAGGCGGUUUGCUCACGCCAGGACCUCAAUGGCCAGACCAAGUCAACACACCACUGGGAACACCGCCCGAUCUCCAUUCUCCUGCUGCCAUCGAACCGCGGGUCCGGCUGGAAUGGCAGACCAUGCUGGAAUCUGUGCUCGCUUCUGACGUUUUGCGCAGCGAGACGAAACGCAUCACAUCGGCCGACGUCAAGGUCCACACUCGGCAGGAGCAGAUGUACAUGCGAUGGCUCGACAUUCAUGCUAGUCUCCGCGGCAGGGGAUACUACGCAGGAGCGGUAGAAGCGGAAGAGAAGCGCCUCAGAGCUGGCUGGAAGGAGGUCGUCACGGCUUUGAUACGCGACGUUCGGGAAUACAGGGAGCCUUCGCAAAUCAGCGAAGCGGAAGAGAACAAGGAUGCUGAUCUCAGUCAGGCGACUUCAGUCGACAACGCGAGCGUCGCGACUUUUGGGGCUGACAGCCACGACGCAAGAGCAUCAGCGCGCGGCAGUGCAAGCGCUAGCGACACGCAGGAGAAAGUGUACGCCGAGAUCAAGGACCUACUGAUCCGCGUCGAUAGCGCAGAAGAGCAAUUUCCGUCGAGACACAAAAUGGUUGAAGAGAUGCCGGAAUGGGGCGCUUCUGAUGUUCAGGGAAAACUCGCUUCGUUGUAUUCAUGGUACAACAUCUGGAACGGCAUCGAAGACCAGGUGGCCACUUUGCAGAGGUGGACAAACACGGAGGAUUUGUCGCUGGAAGAGCCGCGGGACUCCACGCGCUACCCUGUGCGAGAAAGCGCAGAGCAAGCAGCUAAGCCGGAUCAAGGAGCGAGCAAGAAGCUCGGCUUUGCGAGCGAUAUGGUGGUGGAGCUUGGUCCCCAAAACCUGCUCGAAAGGCUCGUCAAGGAGGACACAUUGCAGGCCACAUUUGAAAAGCGAACACUUGCACAGCUCAACGUCUUCGUCGUCAAAGCUCGGCGCUCCAUCCUGGACAACAGCGCUACCUUUGGCCGCCUCAGAUUGCCUUCGUUCGAGCCGAUGCUCUUGAGACUCAUCAACUUUCCGACGCGGCUUGUGUACAGCGCGUUGCGUCUGCGUCUCGUCAACGGCUACAAAAUCCGCGAGCCUUCUAUCCUCAUCGUCGACUCGAUGAUCGACGACAUUCGCGCCGGCCUCGCGCUCGGUUGCCGUGUCAAGCUGCAAUACGGCGCCGUAGCGGAAGCUGAGCCGCAGCGAGGAUGGAACCCACCAUCGUGCAUCGCGGAAGGCUACGAUGCGCUGAUGAGAGAAGCGCUCAGGUUCUUCUUUAGACUUUUGAACAUCAAACUGCGCGGCUCCGUCUUCUUCAAAGAAACGGAGAUCUUGGAACCCGAAUGGGUUUUCCUGAGCAAUGCGUCUGAGGUGAUCGAGCAAGGAGACAUUGUCGUCGCCAGGAGUGUGAUCCGGGUCGUCAACAAGCUCUUUGCACGAGUCGUGACGUACAUUGAGCGCGAGCUAGCGGCACCCAGUCUCACAAGAGGCGCAAGGAUUGGUGCGCCCACGGACGUGAUAGGCGGAUUGGCGUCGGGUCACAACCCGCGGGGCCCAGCCACGGCUGGAGCACCCACCCGAGGCAAGGUGCUGAUGACGCUAGAAGAAAAGGUCAAAUGGAUUCAUCUUGUUUUCGACAAUGUGCGCGUUCGAUCGCGUAAAUUGCUCGGAUUUGCUCGUGACAUCCGCAACAGGCUCGACAACGCAGCCGAGUACGAUCUCAACAGCCUGCAAUCUCCAUUAGAGGGAGCUUCUGGCGACGAGGCCCACCACAGCGAUGCCAGAUCGGCCCAGUCUGGCAACGGUACGGGACAUGGCAUGGAUCUCAACACUUUUAUGCAGACCUUGAUCAAUGCCGAUUACUUCUUGGUUCUGACAGGAACAUUCGAGGCUUCGGGCAUCUACGUCAUCGCGGAGCCCAGCUUGCACGAUAAGCCUGAGCUUAUCCGGGAGCUGUUCAAUCGCUGCAUGCGCUACGGAGGCUCUUCAAAGGGACCAAAUGCUUUGAAUGUAGACGGGGUGACGGCAGCUGCAGCCAACAUGCAUCCCUUAGACAAGACACACGAGGACGAAGAAGGCUCAGACAUUGGCGGAGGUGAUGCAGCAUCGCGAGCAGACGACGCUGAGCUUUCGCAGCCACCACGCUACCUCUUGCUGAUGAGUCCUCGAGAUGGCUUCAUGUGGACCGGACGAAUCAUGUCGCUCGACUUGCCACCGCUUGGGGUGGACCUGCAGGAGAGGCGCCUGCGCCUGAUUGCUGAUGGUCCCAAGAUCAGGCUCACCAUGUGUAAAGCGCACCUUUACGGUGUGUUUCAAGCUGCCUCUCUGUUCCAACAGCAGCAAGCCAAUGUGGCUUCUUCGUCUUCCGCGACUGGCGUGCCAAACGUCAAGACGCACGCCCAGGAGAAGGAGUCCGGCAGUCCACAACAAUUGCAGCCCUCUCCAUUCCCGCUCGAGGUCAUUCACGAACACAUGGCUCAUAUGUCUGCAGUCCAGACGGAGCUCAGAAGGGUGAAUAAAGGCGUCUAUAUGCUGUCCGACACAGUCAUCCGAGCGGUUCCGGCUCUCCGGAGAAGCCUACGACAUCGCAAUCGGCCCAAUGCGGCAUCCCAGGCUACGCAACAAGACGCCGCUGGCAACCGCGCAGGACUGACCGGACCGGCUUCCAGCGACGACUUGAUCCAGAAUUGCUUCGGCAUGGCGGCGGAACAAGGCUUCCGUGCGCUCCCUUUCAUCGAGUCUGACAGGCUGCGGGGGCAGAUUAUGCUGGCGCUCGCGCGCCUCUCCAUCGACUGGGUGGCUUUCAUUUGCGACGAUUGCAUACCGGGUGACCGCAAGACCUUCAAGUGGGCUGUCGCUGCUCUCGAGAACGCGAUGCAGGUGACGCGAAACGAAAACAUCUUCAGACUCAGCGAGGAAGACUUUGGACUAAUGAGAACAAAGGUGGCGAGCUGCAUGGCUCUCUUGAUCUCACAAUUCGACAUUCUUGGCGCUCGAAGCAGUGUAGCCAAGGCGAAAGAGGAACAAGAGAGACUUGAUCGUGAGCGUGCCGAGCGCGAACGUCUGCGUCAUGCAGAGUCGUCGGUUGUCUCGGCGUUGCGCGCGAACCCUGCGCUGAAGGACGGAGCCUCUGCUGCCGCUGCAUUAGAUGCCUCCCAUAAGGCAGAGGCCGCCAAGCUUGUAGCGGAUACGGGUGGCGUAGGAGCCCCGCCCAUGCUCAAUCGUCACGACAGUGGCAUGCAGGCGACCGAGGAAAGAUGGAUGGCGAAGGUGCUCGAGUGGGAGGCCGCUCGUCAGGAGACCGAAACGGAGCAACGCCUCAUAGGGCGUGUCCUCGAUGAAACUAUACCAGAAGAUCGAGGCCUUCAGUUCCUGGCUCAAAACAGCAGCAAGUAUCAGAUUCGAUGGCAGCAAGGGCGUUUCAUUGGUGCUGGUACCUUUGGGACCGUGUACUCUGCUGUCAACCUAGACUCCGGAAACCUGAUGGCAGUGAAGGAGAUACGGUUCCAAGACAUCUCUCAAAAUCCGUCUCUAUACCGCCAGAUCAAGGACGAGAUGAGCGUCAUGGAGAUGCUCAGUCAUCCAAACAUCGUAGAGUAUUACGGCAUCGAAGUGCAUCGAGACAAGGUCUUCAUUUUUGAGGAAUACUGUCAAGGAGGUAGCUUGGCUCAGCUACUGGAGCACGGCCGAAUCGAAGACGAAGCUGUCGUGCAAGUGUACACGUUGCAGCUCCUGGAUGGAUUGGUCUACCUGCAUUCUAAAGGAGUUGUGCAUCGCGACAUCAAGCCAGACAAUAUUCUGUUGGAUCACGUGGGCGUGAUCAAAUUUGUCGACUUCGGCGCGGCCAAAGUUCUUGCCAAGAACUCCAAGACUAUGCAGCGCAGCCGUCGCCCCGGUGCCGUGGGUCCAGGCGCCAUCAAACAGCAAAGCAAGGGCGCCCCGGGGGGCAUGGGAAGCUUACAAGGCACGCCGAUGUAUAUGUCGCCUGAGGUCAUCAAGGGCGAGACUCGGGGCAGACGAGGUGCUAUGGACGUGUGGAGUCUUGGAUGUGUCGUUUUGGAAUUCGCUACGGGUCGCAGGCCAUGGAGUCAGCUCGAUAAUGAGUGGGCAAUCAUGUUCCACAUUGGCAUGGCGCAGCAGCAUCCUCCUUUGCCCGACCCCGGUCAGCUCAGCGAGGUGGGCAUCGACUUUAUACGCCAGUGCUUAACCAUCGACCCAUACGACAGACCAUCAGCGAGCGAGAUGCGCGAGCACCCUUGGAUCAAGGGUCUCACCGAUGACCUUCGCCGGGCUGACGAAGAAGAGAGAGCAGCGGCUGCAGCUGCUGGGGCUGACUAUCAGCGCUUGAGCGUUGACGGCGAUGAUAGCGCUGCUGGUGUGGCGGCCAUGGCCGCCACACCCGGCACUCGCUCCGUGAACGGCUUCAAUUUUGGGGAGCGCCAGUCCUCUCAAACGCCGGGCUUGGCGAGCAUCAGAUCAGGCUAUGCGGGUAGCAUUUCCAGCUGGGCCCAAGCGACAGGCGCGGCGUCGAGCGUCACGACACCACUGGACAGUCUCGGAGGAGAGCCGCAUUUUCCCGGCAUGAAGUCGACGGGCACGAGCAGCUUGCACGUGCCGCGCGGCAGGGCGCAAGACUCUUUGCGGAGCGGUUCGGAAACGCCUCAGGAGAGCGCCGGUCUGGAGACUGGAACGUCGCAGGAACGCUUUUUUGGGGAGGAUCCUGAUGCAUGUAUACCGAGUUCCCAGAAGCACGAGGAGGCCGCAACCUACGCGGAUUUGGCGUACGAUAGGGAGAAUGAGGAGAGGCGUCGGCUUGCUAGGCCUCAAGACGAUGGUCUCUGA